AGUGGGGCAUGAGCUCAGAGCACGGUGGGUGGGUGUGUGUGAGAGGAGAGCGUGAGCGUGUGUGCAUGCACGCUGAGUGUGUGUGCGAGAGAGAGUCUGCGCUGCUCAGUCCGCCGCUCUGUGUGUGUGUGUGUGCGUGUGUGUGUCAGUGCGUGUGUGUGUGUGAGGUGAUGGUGUGUGUGGUGAGCAGUGCAGCAGCAGCAGCGAUGCUCGGGCAGAAGAGCAGAUCCUCGGCCCCGGACCCCCCCGCGCUCCCCGGCUGGCUGGGCGGCUCUGGAGCCGCAGUGGUGGCGGUGUGCGUGUUCGUGGCCGCGGUGUGUGCGUGCGCCGCGUUUCUGCUGUACCGAGCAGCGCGAGGACGGUCAGAGGGAAACACGAAGGGCACGGCGGAGGAGCGCGAGCAGCGCGAGCAGCGAGCCCCCGAGUCAACAGAAAUAAGUGAUGACGGGGGCUCUGAGGAGUGCGAAACCGAUUCCAGUGAAGCAGUGAUCCCGUCCUCUGAGAACUACACUGAAAUAUCUUCAGACUUUCCAGAGGAGGACCUGAGGGAACCCAGACAUGAAAAACUGAAUGACUCCACUGAAGACGAUCUGUCAGUUAGCUUGACAUCUGAUGUGACAGAAACCAGUGUUCUAACUCCCUGCUCAGAGCACUUGGAGCACUACAGUGGCCACAUCAAACGUGAUGCUGCCCAAAGUGUUAAGGUGGAGGCUGAUUUGUACGAUUAUCGGUACAACAGGAGCAAAGCAGUUGAGGACGAAUGUGAGGACAGUCUAAAGGAAAGCACAUGCGACACUGAGGAGUUUGAAGCUGAGUUACCCGGAGACCUGGAUGAACCAUCUGAAACAGAGAGUGCUCAGGAGACCAUGGAAGCUAAAAAUGUUCCGGUUCACAAGUGCCAGUCUGUGGAGGACCUGCAAGACAACACUCUCUUGGCUCAAGAUGUAGUAAGCAAGCCUAUCAAGAUGGAGCCUAUUGUAGAUGAGCCAGCUACUUGGCACAUUUCAUCUGACGACAAGCGUCCGCUAGAUGCCAAUCAUGAAACAACAAAGCCAGAUGAAGAAGAGGCCGCCAGGAAAGGGUGUGAGAACAGCACUGGCCAUCCUUUUCUUAAAAUAAAAGAUUUUGACUGCUGCAGUUAUGAUGAACAGUCUGAUCUGCUGGGCUAUAACUUGGCAUCUGAGAGAGCUAAGAGCAUUGAGGUUCAGAUGAAACAUCUACAGGAUUGUGAUGGUCGCAUCAACAGUUUGGGGGCAACAUUGAGCCACACUGUCAACAGCAGCAGGUUUGACCCUGUUUUCAACCACCCUCAGUUAAAUUACCUGGGUUUCACUGUGCCUAGCUUGCCUUGUGACCUCACAGGACAGGUGCAGCUUGCAGACAUAAACAAGGAAAGGUCUACGGUCAGUCUUGGUUCUGGAAUGAAGGCAACUCGUGACAAAAACGAGAUCAACAUUAUGGAGGCCAUUAUGGACAGUAAUGAGUGGCUUAGUUCCGGACCUCCAGACACAAAAGACCUACCCUGGCUAACUCAAACUCAAAGUAACAACAGUGACAUAUUCAAAACAAACACAUCCUUGGUGACUCCUGCAGUCCCUGAGACCACCACAGACACAUUUAGGCUUAAACCAGGUUCAAGUAACCCCAGUUAUGGGCUUAUUGACGAAGAAGGCCAGCCACAGGAAGAGAACAUGGCAGGAAUUACUGUCGCUCCAGAGGACACUGUCAAUGGUGUCACAGAGGAGGGGGAGGAGGAGGAUUUUCAGAAUAAGAAAAUUGCCGCAGUGUCACCAAUGCCCCAGAUGGUACAGGUGAGGUUUAGGGUGCACUACAUCACGCACUCCCCCAGGCAGCUGCUGGCUGUGACCGGAAACCAGCAGGAGUUGGGCAACUGGGAGAGCUUUGUUACACUUCAGAGGGCUGAAGACUGGUUCUGGGCCAAUACUGUCACGCUUCCUACGGAGAACCAAGUGGAGUGGAAGUUUGUCCUGGUGGAGGAUGGCAAGAUAAGGCGCUGGGAGGAGUGUGAAAACCGCCACCUUUUGGUGACUGGUCAAGAGGAGGAGAUUCACCUUGAUAAGAGCUGGGGUUUCUUGUAAAGUGGGGAAAAAAGGAGUUUCAAUAUAGCAAUAAUAUUAAUAAUAAUACUUGCGGGUGCAUUACUUUUUAAACAGUUGUUAGCCUAAUUAUUGAAUAUUAUCCAAAUGAUGCAUGAGGCUGUGGUACUGUUAAUGUAGCAAUAAUCAAAUAUAUCUACAAAUAUGCACAUUUUCACUUCAAUCAGUGAUUUGCUAGUGUAUCUGAUCGUGUGAAAAUCGUCCGUCCUGUUCGGCUCUUUAACCAGCAAUAACUCUGUUAACGACUAACCGAGAAAAUGGCUUGUCCCACUUCACUCAGAGAUAUGAAUUUAUUAAUUAUUUUUUUUAGUGACAUGGGUGUAAUAGUAGCCAUGCAUUAUAAUUUUUGCCAAAUAGAUAUUUAUGUAUAUAUCAGAGUAUUUUGUAAGUGAGCUAAAUAAGAGCAUACUAUAGCUUAUCUCUAAAGAAGCAGCAUCUGUAGCUAUUAACUGUGCUAUGCUGUGCUGUAUUUGCACAAACGCUGCUCGGCAUCAGUGCUUAAGCUUUUCCCAGUGUUGUGAUAUUGUGAAUGAAUCAGAAUUGUAUAUCGGUGUUGCUGUUUACAUAAUGAGGGAAAGCAGCUCCUCUGGUGCCAGCUCACUGGUCCGGUGAGUUAUCGGCCUGCUUUUGGAGCACAGCGGUGAGCCACUCGCGCAGCCAAAAGCCCUUUUCCCACAGCUUCCUGAGAGCUUGGCAAAAUGUUAAGCUGUUGAUCCACGAUCCAACCUCGGAUCCUAAUCUGCGAGCUGCUAUUACUGCAUGAAGUCGAAUUUCUCAGCUAGAAAAACUUUAAAAUGAAAAGGUCAGGUACUCUUCUUCAGUUUGCAGCAUUGACUUAACUUGAAGAAGCACUCACGCAAAAAAUAUAUACAAAUUUUUACAUUUUCUGCUCACAUCCUUAAGUGGACCUACAGUUGACUAAAGAGUCAGAUUUUCUAGUUUAAAGGGAUAAACAUCAUACUGAUAAUGUGUCUUGAAGUUGGGAGGAAUGACAACUGCUUUGGGAGAGUUUUUGGGGCUACUGCAAUUCAAUCUGUCAAUCAACCCCUAAUUUCACUCUAAAAUACGGUACCAGUCAAAUGAAGGUCAGUCAAUCCAAAAAAAUUCAAGCACUUUGAAAGUUUAUUAAAUUUUUUUUCCCACUAUUUCAUCCCAAUUUAGCUAGACCAAUUGUCCCACACAAUCUGCUGCUACUCAGCUGUAUAUUUCCCAUUACUAGUAAUGCCCCAACACACCAGGAGGGUGAAGACUAGCACAUGCCUCCUCAGAUACAUGUGAAGUCAGCCGGCGCUUCUUUUUGAACUGUUGCUGAGUAGCAUCACAGCACACUCAGAGGAAAGCGCAGCGACAGUGAUGAGUAGUACCCACCCAGAGAGAGCAAGGCAAAUUGUGCUCUCUUGGGGCUCCAGCAGCUAAUGGCAAGCUACAUCACUGGGAAUCGAAACCACAAUCUACCAAUAGUUACAGCUGCAUUUAGUUUUUUUUUUCCUUAUGUGUGCUUUCGUAUUCUGAAUGACUUCAGAAUUAAUUUACAAUGUAGUAAUAAAAGAAAAACAUUGAAUGAGAAGGUGUGUGUCCAAACUUUUGACUGGUACUGUACUUUGAGGCUGAAUCUUAUUUUCAGUGUGAAUUAAAGUGAUCUGUAGUUCAGCACUGUUUUAUACUGUUUAUAUAUUUUUGUUUUUGGUGAAGCUAGCUUGGUUGUUUUUUAUUAUCCUGUAGAUUGGUGGCAAGCAAACCGCUUCUCCUGGAUUUUCAAUGGUUGUACAACCUACCUACAUAAUGCAUGCUGGAUAUUGAAGUCUAGAAAUGCUCACAAAAAAACAUAAAAACACAUCAAUUUCUGUCAAAGUAAUGAAGCGAUGAAGUGUUAUAAAAUUACAGAAGAAAGUGAUAACUUUACAAAUAUCACAUUAUGUUUUAGUCUAGUUUUAGAAUGCUCCCUCUAGAAAGUUGAGAAAUCUCAAAUACUUGCUCUUAGAAUCGCCCUUAACACCAUACAACCAUUACUUUAAGGUAUGCUUGUAUCUGCAAUUUAAAAUAUAUCCAGUGUAAGGCUAAAGUGUAUUAAAAGUCUGUAGGGUUGCACCCUGCAAAUUAACUAAAAUCAGCCAUGAACAUUUUUUUUUUAAAAGGCCAUGUGUAGGGCAAGGAAGGCAUACAGAUGGUAGAUCGGUUUAGGACUACAAACUUUAAAUAAACUUUAAAUAAAAAUUAUUAUUCAUUAGACUUGGAGCAUAAUGCCCAUUUUAUAUAGCAAUAUGCUUUAGAUUUUACAGUAUAACAACCUAUUUUUGCAGAGUGUUUUUUAUCGUUUGACAAUUUAAACUGCUCCACCUCCAUUAAUGAAAUUAUCAUUGGUAUCAGUAAUUGUCACACUUGCAACUAAAAAACAGGUUUAAUAGGAUUUAACUUAUUAUAAUUAGGGGGUGUAAUGGUACACCAAAGUCAACAAAACAUAGUAUUAAACUAAUCUGGAAUUAUUUUCGUUGGUUUUGAACAGAUAAUUGGCAAAACUGUUUUAUUUUCAUUUUACUGCAAUUUUUUAAAACAUAAAACAUAUUUAUUGUUCAAAGUAUCCAGUGGGAAAAUCUGCUCUUCUUUUGAUGCCUUAUGCUUUGCUGUUAACUGAUGGAAGGGGGUCUGGGAGAAGGGGUCAAGUCUACCAAAUAAGUAGAUGAGCUUGGCUCUGACUUUGGUAUGUUCCGCUCAGGUUUUGGUUGCAAAUUUUGGCUUCAGUUCCUUAGAGUGUAAGGUAAAGGAAUUAUGGUGUCCAUGUUGCCACAAACAAAGCUGCAAAAGAUAAAGAAUAAAGAAAGAACAGAAAACUAAAUGUUUGUCCGCCUCUGUUGAUACAAUACCAGAACUUCUACAACAAUAAAAUAAAACAAAUUCAUGAAUCUGAAAGAGUUUAAUGCAAAUCUAAUGUCUAACAUUGUCUAACAUUUUGGAAAUGACACUUGUAAAUUUUGGAUUUAUCAAUACGGUUAUUAAUCUUUGUCUAUAGCUUGCUAUAUUCUGUGUAUUCUCUGUCAGUAAUGUGACAGUUAAGGAUGAGACCACACAGACCAUUACUCCCCUAAUUAUAAUUAAUAUAUCUGCUUUUUCAUUGACACUGUCCACACUGUAUCCUCUGAUGGGUUUAAAAGUGAAUUUUGAUCAAUAAGAAUAAUGCUUUUUUUUUCUCACCACAACUUUGCCUUAUAAAGACUCUGAAAUGUGCUGCUGGUGUUCGUUUUUGUAUUGUAAAUAUGAAUGUUUGUUAAUUUCUCAUUUAUAUGCUUAGUAAUAAUCCAGAGUUUAUGUUUGGGUGUUUUUUUGUCACAUUUGAUUUCACGUUUAAGUUCUUCUGUAGUCUAAGUCUAAUUGCCUGUGAAUCCAAUAAAGUAAAUCUGAAAGGCGA